AUGGACGUUGUAUUCGGGAAUGAGACGGACUGGGGGUGGAACGCGACCGACGAGGGGGAGAGUACGAACCUCUACAACUACUGGGCAUGGAGCAUCGUGGACGGCUCACUGAUGCUGCUCAUCGUGAGUGGGAACACACUGACGAUCCUGGCGGUGACGCUGAGUCGGCGGCUGUCGUCGCUCGUGUCCAACCAGUUCGUGCUCAACCUAGCCAUAUCCGACCUGAUGGUGGGCCUCACGUUGCCUUACCAUUUGAUCUUCUACUUAAACGAUGACUUUGGCACUAUCAAAUGGUCGUGUCUGAUGCGCUUUAUUCUCAUAAUCUUAGCGUGUCUCGCGUCCAUUUAUAACAUUAUAGCGAUAGCUGUUGACAGGUACAUAGCGAUAGUGCACCCACUCCACUACAGCCGGUACAUGACCAAGCUAGUGACGCGGCUGCUGAUGAGCGCCACCUGGUCGGUCGCCGUCUGCAUCAGCUGCAUACCCGUCUUCUGGAACGACUGGCACGAAGGAGUUGCUUGCGAGAUGAAUAUGGUGGUGCCCAAGAAAUACACGACGAGUAUACUGGCGCCGAUGUUCUCCUUGAUCUGGUUGGUGAUGUUCAUCCUGUACUGGCGGAUAUGGCGCGAGGCCACCUGCCAUGCACGCCGCAUGAGGGCCAACACCUGCUGCCCAACGGGGGCUAACGAUUGGAAGAGCAUACAGGUGGUGCUCCUGGUCCUCGGGUCGUUCUCAAUAUGUUGGAUGCCGUUCGUGGUGGUGGCGUGUGCCCAGACGUUCCCUAUCAUGCCGCUGCACAAUCACAUAGCGUACCGCGUCACCUCGUCGCUAGCUAUGUCAAAUUCCGGCAUAAAUCCACUUAUCUACGCGUGGAAAAACGCGGGCUUUCGUGCCGCUUUUGCAAAGUUACUACGAUGCAAGAGACCGGACACGUCUGAAUACAGAGGCUCCCCGGCCCCAGAGAGGAAGCGAGGCUCGGUGGCGCUGAGAGAGGGGUCUAUCACGCGGUCGAGCGCGCCGAGUGCGCUGUCCAGCCUGGGCGGGCGGCCGGCGCGGCUGCUGUACAUGGAGCACGAGGCGGACACGGCGCGCUGCCGUAUCAUCGAGAACGCGGGCUACGUGGAGGCGGAGCGCGGCGACACCAACCCCUCGUACGCGCCCGACGGGCCCACGCCGGUGCACCGGCCCGCCACGCGCGCGGACUUAGUGUAG